GCAGGCGCGGCUGCGACGUCGAGCCCAGCCGCCGAGCGCGGCCGCGGUCCGUGCCCGGGAGCGGUACUCGUGCCCUAGCGGCCUCCCGUCCGGCGCCGGUGAAGUGUGCCAGACCAGAUGUCGACUUCUAACAAUUUUGUGUAGGUUGUCUUUUUUUUUUGUUAAAAAAAAAAAAAGAGAGAAAUGGAUUAACGAGGAAGAAUUUCAGUGAAGGAAGGGGAGUUAAAAAUGGAGCCAUUUGGAACAAACUGAGAUCUCCCCCUGCACCAGUUGGGCCAUGGGUGAGACGGACUCCUUCAGCACUGUAUUUGCCACUGGUGGUCUCCUGCGGUUGUAAGAGCGAUCCCUGAAAGCUAGCUGCAGAUCUCUCUGUUGACCUGCCCUGCACUGCUUGGAAAUGGUUUAACAAAGCUCCUGUCCCUUCCCGGCCACCGAGUGGAUACUGAGCCCGCAGGAAGGCCCAGGGGACUGGGAGAAAAGGAGCAAGUCGGAAGAGGACAAAACGGCACAAUCCUGGACCUUCCCCUUCUGCCCCCCUUGCAAAGAAAGGAUUUACAGCUCAACCUUGCACCAGCUGUUCCUCGGCUUUAACAGUCAAGAGAGAAAUAAAUAAAAUUAAACGGCCACCACCAGCCAGCCUUGGAUCCUGGUGAAAUCAGGGAGAGUGUUUCCGUGACCCCUCCAGUGAGGGGGAGGAGCAGGAGGCACAGCAGAGCCGUGAGGAAGCGCUGGGCAGGUCGUCUGCCAGCCACCCUGUCCUGCCGUGCAGCGACGGACCGGGACUGUAGCUGCUCAAGGCAGAUCGAAAAGGAGAAGUGGCGUCCUCAAGACUCCCGGGGUGGCUUUUUGUGCAGGAAGUGCCCCCGCAUCUUCCUUUUCCCAGGGUGCUGGCUGGGUGGGAGGGAGCACCAGCCUCUUGUCCCCUUCCCCUCGAGCCCGGUCGCUGGAGUCAGCCCUGCAGGGACCGUCCCUCUGCCAGCUGCUGCCCGACUGAGUGAGGCUCUCAAGGGCUCUGGGCGUUUCUGCCCCAACCGACGGUUUUGAACCCAAAUCGAGUUCUCUGUUCUGAAAUCUUAAUGGUUUUCACCCUCCUUCCCCGUGCUCUCCUGUGGGGCAGAGCGUAGUGUGGACUCCUCUCCCGAGACCUCUCUGAGUUUCCCGGACUGUCAGCUGCAGGCAGAGCUUGCCCCGGGAGCCGGUGCGGCGGCUGAGGAGCGGGUCCUCCCCCGUCCCCCUCCUCGCCCCUUCUCGCCCUGCUCUGACCCCGCCGGGCCUGGGCUAUGCUGCGGGGCAGACCCCCCUCCACAGCUCCAACAUGCCAGCAGCGUCCGGAAAGAGGUUCAAACCCAGCAAGUACGUCCCGGUCUCAGCUGCUGCCAUCUUCCUAGUGGGAGCCACCACCCUCUUCUUUGCCUUCACGUGCCCGGGGCUCAGUCUGUAUGUCUCCCCUGUCAUUCCUGCCUACAAUGCUGUUGUCUUCCUCUUUGUGCUGGCCAACUUCAGCAUGGCCACCUUCAUGGACCCAGGCAUCUUCCCACGAGCUGAGGAGGAUGAGGACAAGGAGGAUGACUUCCGAGCUCCGCUCUACAAGACGGUGGAGAUCAAGGGCAUCCAGGUGCGCAUGAAGUGGUGCGCCACUUGCCGCUUCUACCGGCCGCCGCGCUGCUCCCACUGCAGCGUCUGCGACAACUGCGUGGAGGAGUUUGACCAUCACUGCCCCUGGGUCAACAACUGCAUCGGGCGCCGCAACUACCGUUACUUCUUCCUCUUCCUGCUGUCACUCACCACGCACAUCAUGGGGGUGUUCGGCUUCGGCCUGCUCUACGUCCUCUACCAGGUGGAGGAGCUCUCCGGUGUCCGCAUGGCCGUCACCAUGGUGGUGAUGUGUGUGGCUGGCUUGUUCUUCAUCCCUGUCGCUGGCCUUACGGGGUUCCACGUGGUGCUUGUGGCAAGAGGCCGGACCACCAAUGAACAGGUGACAGGCAAGUUCCGCGGUGGUGUCAACCCCUUCACCAACGGUUGCUGUAAGAAUGUCAGCCGGGUCCUCUGCAGCUCCCCGGCCCCCAGGUACCUUGGGCGUCCAAGGGCUGAGCAGACUGUGCUGGUGAGACCUCCCUUCUUGCGGCCUGAGGUGUCAGAUGGUCAGAUCACUGUCAAGAUCAUGGACAAUGGUAUCCAGACAGAGCUAAAGAGGACAAAGUCCAAAGGAAGCCUGGAGGUGACGGAGAGCCAGUCUGCGGAUGCUGAGCCACCCCCCCCACCUAAGCCAGACCUCAGCCGCUACACGGGCCUGAGGACACACUUAACCUUGGCCACCACCGAGGACAGCGGCUUGCUAGGCAAGGACAGCCCCCCGACACCCACCAUGUACAAGUACCGGCCUGGCUACAGCAGCAGCAGCAGCUCGGCAGCCCUGCCUCACUCCAGCAGUGCCAAGCUGAGCCGCGUGAACAGCCUGAAGGAGCCAAACUCCAUCUGCGAGGGUGGCCACAAGCCCAGCUACCGCUCCGAGCCAAGCCUGGAGCCUGACAGCUUCCGCUCGCCCACCUUCGGCAAGAGCUUUCACUUCGACCCGCUCUCCAGCGGCUCCCGCUCCUCCAGCCUCAAGUCAGCCCAGGGCACGGGCUUUGAGAUGGGUCACCUCCAGUCCAUCCGCUCCGAGGGCACCACCUCCACCUCUUACAAGAGCCUGGUGAACCAGACGCGCAACGGCAGCCUGUCUUACGACAGCCUGCUGACACCCUCCGACAGCCCCGACUUCGAGUCGGUGCAAGCAGGCCCGGAGCCCGACCCGCCGGUGGGAUACACCUCGCCCUUCCUCUCGGCCCGCAUCGCCCAGCAGCGGGAGCCCGACCUGCACGGCCGCUUCGCCAGCACCGUCUCGCCCAAGCACGCACCGCCACGCGAGUCCUCGCCCGUGCGCUACGACAACCUCUCCCGGCACAUCGUGGCCUCCAUCCAGGAGCGGGAGAAGCUGCUGCAGCAGCCGCCGGCCGCGGGCCGCGAGGAGGAUGCGGCGCUGGCAGACUCGGGGAUCCAUUCGACGCCGGGCUCCAGCAAUGCUCCCCGCACCAGUUCUUCCUCGGACGAUUCGAAGCGCUCGCCCCUGGGCAAAAACCCACUCACCCGCCCAGCCCCACCCCGCUUCGGCAAGCCCGAGCCCCCCCAUGCGCCCCGGGUGCGCUCCCUGGGCUCCCCGGAGCAGCCCCCUGCCCCCCACCUGGGAAAAUCUGUGUCUUACAGCAGCCAAAAAACAGCGUCUCAGGCCAGCAGCCCCGAGGCCGAGGAGGUGGCCUUGCAGCCCUUACUGGCACCAAAGGAUGAGGUGCAGAUGAGAACAGCCUACAGCAAGUCCAAUGGGCAGCCCAAGAGCCUGGGCACGGCCCCCCCGGGCCCGGGGCAGGUGCCCCUCAGCAGCCCCACACGUGGAGGAGUCAAGAAGGUCUCUGGUGUGGGGGGCACCACUUACGAGAUCUCAGUAUGAGGGGCAGAGCCGCUCGCCCCUCACUGCUCCCAGCCACCCCCCGCAAAGGGACGUUCUGCGGCCAGACGCUCUGCGGACUCCAAGAGAGCCAGGCAGGGGGGGGUCGGGCCCGCGGCCUCCGCUGCUGCUCCCCUUCCUCAGCUUCCCGGGCCUGGGGGCCGACACGGAGCGGGGUUGAGCUUCCCCCUCCCCCUCCGCAAAGGACUGCCAGCGCAAGGGGGCUGGCGAGUGCUCCAGCCUUGCCCCACCCUGGCACCCUCCUGGCUGGGCCAGCCACCUGUGGGCCUUGUGCAAUCACCCGCUCGCCUAGCGUGGUAGGAACGGAUUGUUUUUAAACCAGAAUACUUUUUUUUAUUAUUAUUAUUAUUGUUACGGAUUCUAUUUUUUUUCCCUCUUUCCGAGUUACCGGGUGUGUGUAUAUAUAAAUAUCUAUAUAUAUAAAAAUAUAAAUAUUGGGGGAGGAGGGAAAUUUAAAGGAAAAAAAAAACAAAGGGGAGGGGGGGCAGAAAUUAUAUAUUUCACCCAGAGAGAGAUGGAGAGAGAGGAACUGCCCCUUCCUGUCUCCAGAGGAGGGGAGUGGGGGCUAGAGCUGCCCCUUGCACCAGUGGAAGAUGCUGGGGCAGGUGCUCAGUGUUGCUCGCCCACCCAAAGCAGAAUAGGCUAGGGCAGGUGCCACAUCCCUCUACCCAGCCUUGCCAAAGGCCAAGGUGUAUUCAGCCAAGACCUGUUCUUCACCCCCAGCCCCAUCCUGGGGCUGUCUGGGCUGAGAACAGUAGGGAAGCAGCCCACUCCCUAUGAGCUGAGACGGGCACAGCUUAUGCAGAGAAGCACAGGCUGCAGCCUUCCCCAGCGGCAGAUUUUCCCCCUUUUCUGAUUCCCUGGGGCUUGUGUUGGCAGGGGGAGGGAAGAGGCUUCCUUGCUUUUUUCUUUCUUUUUUUUUUUGAAUGGGUCAGAGGGGGUUUUCUUGCUGUCACGUGGUUGGUUUUAUUUCCGUUGGGGGGGAAGAGGAAGGCCAGCAGGGUGCAUCCCCAUAAAGCAAUAUUUUCUCAUCACAUGCCAAAAACAAAAAAAAAAAAAGAAACCCCAAAAAAGCAGCCAAGGAGCCCAGAGCUCCCUGUCUCCCCCCUCCCCAACCCCACCUUUGCCCUGCCCAGGCAAACCACCCCACACAGGGCCCACAAAACUUCAGGCACUACUUGACGCUUUCUCUACGGCACUAUCUCUCCUGUGGCCUCUGCAGAGCCACGCCAUUGUUUUCAGUUUUUGGGUUGGUUGUUUUUUUCAUUUCUUUUUUUUCUUUUUUCUUUUUUUUUUUUUUUUAUUAUUAGCCAUUUUAAAAAUGAGGAAUAAAAGGAUAUUUAAUGAGCCA